AUGUUUAGUAGAAACCUCGCUCGAACAGUUCAAAGAUCCAAGUCUUGCCAACAUUGGAGAUUUUUCUCUAUUUCCGAGUGGUUCAAGUCUUGGAAGAAUGCAGCACAAUCUCAAAGGCUAAUAUAUCCACCACCGGCUUCACAAUUCACGACAAACAACAGGAUUAUAGACGUGUGGAUAACGGAAAAGCAGGAAUUAUACAACUAUAUAAAUGUCAAACCUCCGUUGUUGUUGAACUUUGCAUUUGCCGAUGCUCAGAAUAACAAAGUUACACAAGCGUUAUUUGAUGUAUUGAGCGACAAGUCAAAGUAUCCCAACGGACAGGAACCAGUGUAUUUGGUCAACAUCUUAGCCGACUCACCAGGCGGAAAAGAGUUAAUGAUAGAUUACGUUGUUGGCAAAAAACUCCCCUGUGUGAUUGUGUUGAAACACCAAUUAGUAGUUGGUCAGUAUACUCCAGAUACCGAACGUUUUAACGAACAGGAUGUAAUUGAGUUUUUAAAAACGGUUUAA